CCUUCGUGCGUCGCCACCGUAGUUUGCCGCCAUCGUCGCCGCAGCUGGUGGCGACGCCGCCGUCGCCGUCACUCGGCGGUCAGCGGUCAUCGGCGGGCGGUCGACGGCGGGCGGCGGCCGCGGUGCUCGGCGGGCCGCGGCACGGUCGGCGGUGCUUUCGCCGUUGUCGUCGCCGCCGCCGUCGCCGUCGCCGCGCGCACCACCGAGCAUCCCAGAGCUGGGAUAUUGUGGCGGCCCCCCACCCCACACGCGACGGCUCGCGAGCCAUCGCGAUGGCCCUCGAGACAACGGACUUUGAGAAGUCGGACACGUUGGCGGAGGGCGAGACUGCAGCGACCCAGGUUGCUGCUGCUGCUGCUGCUGCGGACCCCGACACGCUGGUCGCGCAGCUGCAGCCCCCCAUUGCAGUCAGCGACGACAGCCAGCCAGCCGAGGAUGCUCAGCAAGUCCCACCUCCUGUGGAUGAUGCUGAUGCUGCAGCUGGCCCCGAGGAAAAGAUAACGCAGGACGAGUUGUUGCACGACACCGCCUACUUGACGCAGGAGAUCGACAGGGUGAAGGAGGAGAAGGCCAAGACUCAGCAGGACCGCCUCAAGCUCGAGGAGAUCUCGCGGGCCACCACGGACCGCAUCCGCUGCGACAUUCGGGACGGGCUGGCCAUCAAGGCGGACCUGGAGGCCAGCAUCUACAAGACGAAGCGGAUGCAGCAGGAGCAGCAGGAGGAGAAUGGGCGCCUGCGCACGUACCUCUCCAAGUGCAAGGACGACCUCGACAAGGCCCUCCGCUGAGCGGCGCGGGCCCCGGAGCGAGUGCCCUUCUCCCUCGCUGGAUUGCUUGCCGUCCUCCUCGGCUCAGGA